UUGCUGCAUCUUACGGAGCGUGCAUAUCUUUUCGGUAUUGAGGUAAACCAGUUUAUACUUUUAUAAAUAAUAUUUUAUGAGCUUAUACACGUAGAAACAAUCGCUGUAGGAAUAACACAACUUUAUAAACUCAUGUGUAGCCUAAUUACAGAGUGUAAUUUCCAGAGCCAUGUAUCUGUGAGUGCUUGUGUUGUUGAUCAUAGUGGUAUUUUAUGUACCUAGAAUGUGCAUUGUUUUUCACAUACGAAGCUGAGCCAGAUGUGUAUAUUGGUCUGUCUUGAAAUGCAUGUUUUAAAGUUAGUCACGCUUGAAUGAGUCAUUCUUUAGUGGAGGGCAGGCUCCUUGCUUAUACUGUUGAGAGGUGUAGGGACUUCAGGACAUACCACUGACAAUGUAUGUAAACUUAAAUUAUUUACUCUAUUUAUUGUCUAAAUCAUUGCAAUUGAUCUUAGGCACUUUGAUGACACAAAGUUGCCUUAGGCAGAGGGGAUAAUGUUUUUAAUAUAAUAGCUGUGUUGUUAUUUUACAUGUAUUUUAGGCAUGCAAAAUAUAAUAGCAUUGGUUGUCAGUGGAGUUGUCACAAUCACAUUUGAGGAAUUUACACAUUGUAAUCCUCUUUUUGGUUCUGUUGCCCUGAGAUUUUGAACAGAUCUCUUGAAGAGAGCUGCUAUUACAUUAAAAAGUUAAUUGUACAAACUUAAUUUCAAUAAUACAAGAGAGAAAAUUCAAAAUAACCACAUGUUCUCCCAAAAAUGUAUUCUGUGACAUCUAAUUAACUGGUUUUAAUGAAGCUCUAUUUUGACAAAAGUGACACAACUGUGUUAAUAUUUCAUUUUAUGGUAAAUAUGACAAUUUGGUACUUAAAUUCUACAGUUUAAUGUAUUUGUGAUGCGUGAUUUGAAGGAGUCAGGCGCAGCAGGGAAAUCAAAGUAUACAGAGUUUAUUCCGUAAUACAGCGUUAACCAGUCCAGUGCGCACAACAGGCGCACUGGAACAAACAGGCACACAGGGAAAAUACCCCGGCAAUACAAAAUACACUGAGCUCAACUGAGCUACUAUCUCCUCACAAUAAACAAUCACCCACAAGGACAAGGGGGCAGAGGGAACACUUAUACACAUACUAAUGAGGGGAUAUGAACCAGGUGUGUGUAAUAGACAAGACAAAACUAAUGGAAUGAUGAGAUAUGGAGCGGCAGUGGCUAGAAGGCCGGUGACGACGAACGCCCAAGCCUGCCCGAACAAGGAGAGGAGGCAGCUUCGGAGGAAGUCGUGACAGUAUUUCUGAACUUAUACAGUACCAGUCAAAAGUUUGGAUACACCUAUUCAUUCAAGGGUUUUUCUAUAUUUUUACUAUUUUCUACACUAUAGAAUAAUAGUGAAGACAUCAAAACUAUAAAUAACACAUAUGGAAUCAUGUAGUAACCAAAAAAGUGUUAAACAAAUCCAAAUAUAUUUUAUAUUUGAGAUUCUUCAAAUAGCCACCCUUUGCCUUGAUGACAGCUUUGCACACUCUUGGCAUUCUCUCAACCAGCUUCACCUGGAAUGCUUUUCCAACAGUCUUGAAGGAGUUCCCACAUAUGCUGAGCACUUGUUGGCUGCUUUUCCUUCACUCUGCGGUCCGACUCAUCCCAAACCAUCUCAAUUGGGUUGAGGUCGGGGGAUUGUGGAGGCCAGGUCAUCUGAUGCAGCACUCCAUCACGCUCCUUCUUGGUAAAAUAGCCCUUACACAGCCUGGAGGUGUGUUGGGUCAUUGUCCUGUUGAAAAACAAAUGAUAGUCCCACUAAGCCCAAACCAGAUAGGAUGGCAUAUCGCUGCAGAAUGCUGUGGUAGCCAUGCUGGUUAAGUGUGCCUUGAAUUCAUAAUAAAAUCACAGACAGUGUCACCAGAAAAGCACCCCCACACCAUAACACCUCCUCCUCCAUGCUUUAAGAUGGGAACUACACAUGCAAAGAUUAUCCGUUCACCCACACCGCGUCUCAGAAAUACACGGCGGUUGGAACCAAAAAUCUCAAAUUUGGACUCCAGACCAAAGGACACAUUUCCACCGGUCUAAUGUCCAUUGCUCGUGUUUCUUGCCCAAGCAGGUCUCUUCUUCUUAUUGGUGUCCAUUAGUAGUGAUUUCUUUGCAGCAAUUCGACCAUGAAGGCCUGAUUCACGCAGUCCCCUCUGAACAGUUGAUGUUGAGAUGUGUCUGUGACUUGAACUCUGUGAAGCAUUUAUUUGGGCUGCAAUUUCUGAGGCUGGUAACUCUAAUGAACUUAUCCUCUGCAGCAGAGCUAACUCUGGGUCUUCCAUUCCUGUGGCGGUCCUCAUGAGAGCCAGUUUCAUCAUAGCGCUUGAUGGUUUUUGUGACUGCACUUGAAGAAACUUUCAAAGUUCUUGAAAUGUUCCAUAUUGACUGACCUUCAUGUCUUAAGAGUAAUUAUGGACUGUCGUUUCUCUUUACUUAUUUGAGCUGUUCUUGAUAUAAUAUGGACUUGGUCUUUUAUCAAAUAGGUCUAUCUUCUGUAUACCCCCCUCCCUUGUCACAACACAACUGAUUGGCUCAAACGCAUUAAGAAGGAAAGAAAUUCCACAAAUUAACUUUUAAGAAGGCACACCUGUUAACUGAAAUGCAUUCCAGGUGACCUCAUGAAUCUGGUUGAUGGAAUGCCAAGAGUGUGCAAAGCUGUCAUCAAGGCAAAGGGUGGCUAUUUGAAGAAUCUCAAAUAUAAAAUAUAUUUUGAUUUGUUUAACACUUUUUUGAUUACUACAUGAUUCCAUAUGUGUUAUUUCAUAGUUUUGAUGUCUUCACUAUUAUUCUACAAUGUAGAAAAUAGUAAAAAUAAAGAAAAACCCUUGAAUGAGUAGGUGUGUCCAAACUUUUGACUGGUAGUGUAUAUUACCUAUGCGGUUUAUGAAGGUGGUAUUACAUAAAACCUAUCAAUUGUAAUUUAAUUUAGUUAUAGUCAUUAGUAACUGCCUGGUAAUCACAAGGUCAGAGGCAUAGCUGAACUUGAAUCUGGCCUUAGAAGAAUGAAAAACAGGCAGCAUUGUAAAGAGAGACUGACUAGGCGAAUCAGCACAAAUCUAAUUACCCCAACAUGGUCAUGCAGCAUGAGACAUAUUCCCAUGACAACUGGCAAUACAAACACCAUGCUAUUCUUAUUAUUAAGGGACGAGGGAGCAGCCACUCUCACACACAGUGUGAUAAAGGAGAAGUCACAAUGUAUCUCAAAAGGAUACAUUGACCUCACAGAAGGUGUUGUAUUACUGAUGAUCUGGCAUACAAACUAAGGGUACUGUCCAUUCACGUCAGCCAAAUUAAUCCAUAAAGAGUCCUCUGUGUGUCUAAUGAGCUCUUCUCCUAGAUUACAUGAAUAGCCUGAUUGAAUUACAGUCUUUGUAAUCAUACAGGUUAAUACAGUAUGUUACAUUUUUGCAUUCUAUGGUUGAGAGGGAAUAUCGGGGCAAAUUACCUGACACAAUUGAUUGUGCAUCCUCGCUCUCUCAUUGCAUUAGGUUUCCCCCUAUCGACAGGACAGGAUGGCACUUCUCAAUUACCCUAUUCCAGAGCUGGAUGUCACCUUACAAGAGGCAGGCCGUGUGCUCCAGCUCACCCUGAGCCCUGAGCUCUAUCCUCAAUACAAAAACACCCUUAGCCAACAGAGGGAGGUCCUGCAGGAGGCCCAAAAGUGCUUGGCGGCUACCGCCUCUGGCCUAGAGAACUGGGUGACAGAGCAAUUCAAGAGCCGGCUGCUCUCAUGUACCGACCCCCUGCCCACCACGACAGCCAUCCCCGCUGUCCUGCCCCCCUCCAGAGCCAAGGAGUGCGCCCAACUGGAGAGGGCUGCCGCUCUGCUCUGGGCUGUGGCCAAGAUGUAUAGUGAGCCUUCGCUGGUGGAGGGUGAGGGGCCAACUGAGCGUACACAGCAAUCAGAGGUGUUUGCUGCCAGCCGCAUUCCUGGGAAGACCCAAGAUGAGAUUAAAGUAAGCUUUGGGAAAUAAAUAGAGUACUUUGACUCAGUGUUUUGAGGUGUUUUCAUACACCAUCUCUGAUGAUAAUGAUAAGAGUUCAUCAUACUCCCUUGUCUUAUUUGAAUCUAAUGUGAUUAUCUCCUACUUCUUAAUGUGCUAUUUGUAUUACAGGUGUACCCAGACUGCCUCCAUGCCAUCGUCAUCUGUGCUAGAGGGGUAUUUUCAGUCAACAUACUGCAGCGUCCCAGCCCAGGAGGGCCUAUGUCCCCUCUACCGUUCCCUGACAUCUACAGCCAAGUGGCUCAUGUGAUGAGCCAACAUAGAGCUGCCAAGAACAACGAGCCCUCUGCCAUCUGCGGCCUCUCUGCCCUGCAGCGGCAAGCCUGGAGUGCCGUGAGGGAGGAGAUCCUGAGAGCAGGAGGGGCAGCGGCCGCCUCACUGGGGUUGAUGGAGAGUGCUGUGGUGGCUCUCUCCCUGGAAGACUGCAAUCCACCAGCUGAUCUGGCAGACACCCUCAACGCUGUCAGAUUGGGAGGAGGAGAUGGGCCCUGUCUGAGAUACUAUGACAAGGUACAGUAUGUGAUGUUUGUGGUACUAUAAUUGUGGAUGACAACUACUACAAUACAGUACAGUACAGUACAGUGGUGCUGUAGUGAAUCAACUGGAUUCAUCGGGUUACUGGAUGAGAAUAUGGUCUUAAAUUAUACAUCUCAUUAAAACCUGGAACAUGAAUUUCUGUGUUGACAAAAAUAUACCCUAGAUAAUUGAGUUAAAUCAGUUUUCAAUAUUGAAUCAAAUUGUAAGUGGAUCAUUACUGCACAUCAGACAUCCGUAAUUGCACCCAACAAACUUCAGUUUAUUAACUCACUGACACAAUACUUGAAAACUUAGGUUCCUCUUUAGGUCAACAUCACAAGCAAACAUCACAAGUAUCACAAGUAAAUUAAAAACUAUUUUUCUAUACUUUUUCUUCAGGUGGUGAACCUGGUGGUAUUCAAAGACAGCACAGCUGGGAUGGUGUUCGAGCACAGUGCACUGGAUGGAAUGGUGGCUGGGUUAGUGGCUGAGACUGUGUGGUAUCUCUCUGAGUCUCUUAAUGUAGACCUAGUCCAGGCCAACACAGGAAGAAAUGAGUCAGCCUAUCUUAACAAGGCUGAUUCCUCCUCCCCAAGCCCCCUAGCAUUCCCACUACUGGGUAUAACUAAAACAGAUCCCCCAAAGUCCUCCACUAAAGCAAUUCAUCCUAUCAUCACAUUUGAGGUUCCCUCUUACCCAGAUGUCUUUGCUACCCUCCGGGGUCACAGGGGCCUGUACGAUGCCUGGGAUCAACUUUUCCUUGCAGCUCUCCCUGAGGCAGACUCUUGGGGAAUCUGCUGCCAGCCACAUUCUUGUAACCCCUACCCAUAUGCGUCACUACAAGCAUGGCCGCUGCGAUCCGACAUACUCCCUCACCAUGCAAUCCUGCCAGCUCAUCGGUGCUUUGGCAUCCUGCAUCGGACCAGACAACAACCCUCGAUACACGAACGAACUGCUCCGUCUGUUCCAUGUGGCUUUCCUGGAGCACAAGAACCUGAUCAAAGCCACUAAAAGUGGACAUGGUGUGGGCCCUCACCUGGCAGCCCUACGCUGGUCCAUGUCUCCAGACAACCCUCUCAAGAAGUUUCUUGACCCCUUUGGGUGCCCCUCCGUUUACCUUACUGGCAAGGAUUUGAUGGAGGGAGUGGAGCUUGCUGUAGGGAAUGUGUACGCUAAAGACCAACUGGCUGUAACCUACCUGGGGAGGAGAGACCGGGUCCGUAUGGUGCUCAAUGGGAAAGGCACCUUUGCCACAGUGUUGGAGAAGCUUCAAGAUAGCCUGAAAGUAAAUCUGAAGCUGGUGAUGCUUCUCGCUGUCAGAUAUGCCGUCGCCGGACAAAUGGGAGCCAUGGAGUGUCUGCUGCAAGAAGGACAAGCAGGAAGAAGGAAUGGAUCCGCCCAAGGGGAAAUUCACAAAAGCAUCAGUCCAGCAGGCCAAAAACAAGGCAAGACAAUGUCCAAGUCAACACUUCCCUCUGACUCUGCCUCCAACAUGAGUCCAGACUUCACUCUGGUGAUCCAUGGUGGAGCUGGGGAGGAGAUGAUGCUGAAUACAAAGGUGGUAGGUGUCAUUGAAUUUGCUCUCCAGACAGCCCUGACCCUCGGAGCACAAGUGCUACAACAAGGAGGCAGUAGUCUUGACGCAGUGCAGCGGAGUGUGCAAGCUCUUGAGGACUGCUUUCUGUUCAACGCCGGGAAGGGAUCUGUUUUCAACAAAGAUGGGAAAAAUGAAAUGGAGGCGACCAUAGUAGAUGGAAAUGGGAUGAACUCUGGAUCGGUGGCUUGUUUGCAGAGUGUGAAGAACCCAGUGAAAGCAGCAAGACAGGUCAUGGAGAAGAGUGCACACUCACUCUUAGUAGGGGAAGGUGCAGAAGAGUUUUUGCAAGGCUUAGAAGAGAGUGAGAAGCCUAUGAGGGCGGAGUACUUCCAAACUGAUGUCCGUCGCAGAGAACUGAUAGCAAAACUCAGUGCUGGCAACGCCUCCAAGAACAACCAUCCACAGACAGUGGGAGCUGUUGCUUUGGAUCGAUGGUGUAGGUUAGCUGCUGCAACGUCCACAGGUGGGUUGGUGGGAAAAUGGAAGGGUCGAGUUGGGGACACAGCAGUAGUGGGAGCAGGUAUAUUUGCUGAUGACAAACUUGCAGUAACCUGCUCUGGCGAUGGAGAUGUGUUUCUAAGGCACACAGUUGCACAAAAAGUGGCCAGUCUCUACCAUCAUAAAGGCUACAGCCUUAGGGCGGCGUGUCGAGAAGUCAUGUCUGAGAACUUGAAGGGCAGCUGUGCUGGAAUCAUUGCUGUAGACGCCAAAGGCGAUGCUGUUGUUGAAACCAAUGCUGGGGUGUUGUUUGUAGCAUCCAUGGUUGGUGGCAUUGCACGUGUCGAAGUCCUGAGACCCAUGAAGAGUUAUUCCAAUGUGAUCUGGGAGACUGACGAACUGGUUGCUCAGCUACACUCCAACCCUUGGACACCAGGUGCCACCAUCCUUACCCGAAAGACUCUGAGUGGGCCAAGCAGCAUCUUUCAGCUGGCUGUGCCAGAUUUCUUAGCACUGUUGCAAGGAGCACGGGCUGUUGCAAACCUGCUAUGCGAACGACUGGGGGUACAGCGUUGCGCCCUAGUAUUUAACCCACAUCCCAAGCAGCCGGCCCAUAUUCGAGUGCUACCACUUCAUGGCCUGGAACCCAACUGGCGCCCCCAUCUGGCCGGGGAGGAGGACUUUCAGCCCUAUGACCCAGGUUAUUGCAGCUCAAAGAGUGGCCCGCGCUGGGAAGAUGCAGAUCUGACCCAGGUUCAGGCCAAGAUUCGGGACAGGCUGCCAACGCCUAACGCACCAUCGUGCUAUGACUUCUUAGGAGAUCCCUCCCACAAUGGACUGUUCUGCCGUAUCGUUCGUGGGGAGGAGCAACAGUGGCGGGUGUGGGAGGACAGUGAUCAUGUGGCUUUCCUCACUCCCUACCCUAACACACCUGGACUCACAGUUCUAGUGCCACGUAAACCACUGUCCAGCAACAUUUUCAGUCUGGAAGAGACUGAUUACACAUCACUGAUCCUGGCCACUCGUAAGGUAGCUGGACUGCUGGAGGAAGGAAUGCAUGCUCGAGGUGUUGCACUCAUCUUUGAGGGCUUUGAGAUUGAUUAUGCCCAUGUCAAGCUGAUCCCUCUGGUUCCUCCACGUGGUGACAAGCCUGUUGAGGUGUUCCCAGAGUACUUCCAAAGAUACCCCGGCUACGUCUCAUCUGCCGAUGGCCCUCCCGCCAGCCCUGAAUCUCUAAAGGAGAUCCACACCAAAAUCACACUUUGCAGGCCUCCUCGUUCCUGGGAGGACCCACAGAGCCACUCCAUGUUAGCCAUCAAGAGCCAGUGGUACCGCAAUCUCUUUCAAAUUCAAAAUACCCUCUUCCACAGCACUGUGGAGUACUUCAACAACACCUGUCAGUACGCGUACGCCCUGACUCCUCUCACCACUGACACAAUCUCCUCUCCGAUGGGCCUGGGAUCAGACUCAGAGCCCGUUUACGUCAACAUGCUGGGGCAGAAUGUGUACUUGGCCGACUCCAUGCAAUUUGUGCUGGAGUAUUUCUUGCGAUUCCAAGAGAACUUGCCGGGGACAUACUAUGUAUCGCCAAGUUUCCGGGGAGAAGAUCCAGAUGCCACGCAUCUUAACCAGUUCUACCAUGUUGAGUGUGAGCUCCUAGGCGACAUGGAUACUGCCAUGCACAUAGCUGAGGAAUACUUGGCUCAUCUCACCAAUGCAAUGCGGAAGAAACACUCCAACAUCAUCCUGAACUCCGCUGGGACCCUUUCACAUGUCCAGGAUUUACUGGAGAAGUUGGAGGGAGGAACCCCUCUCCCAAGAGUCACUCUGGACAAGGCCAUCCCUAUGAUGCCCUCACCAGACUGCUUGGAGUGGGUACAGGACGGCCAGCCCCAGUUUGGCAGGAAGUUAACCCGCAAAGGAGAACGGGUCUUGAUUGAGAAGUACGGAGGCGCUGUUUGGCUGACAGAGAUGGACCACCUGGGAGUACCUUUCUACCAAGCAUAUGUGGAGGGCUCGGGCAGACGCAAGGCAAAAGCAUCGGACCUCCUCUUGGGAUUGGGGGAGACUCUGGGUCUUGGGGAGCGUCACUCCAACCCCGAGAUGGUGCAAGAAGCCCUCAGACAUCACGCUGUGCCAGAGGAAUCCUACAAGUGGUACAUCAACAUGCGGCAGGUCAUUCCACUCCUCACCAGUGGGUGGGGCAUGGGCACAGAGCGCUACUUGUGUUGGCUGCUUCAGCAUAAUGAUGUCAGAGACAUACAUAUUAUACCCCGUAUGAAGGCCAGGAAAUACAUGCCUUAA